AGAGUCCACAUGUGACUUUUAUUUUGACAAAACAUCUGCGCGAAGCCCCCCGGAAACGACAUCAGCCUCCACUAGCAACAUUCUCAAAGCGUUUACUUUAGAUCGUUUCAGACAGAAAAUCAAAACAACACCGGACAGUCUCACUUUACGGACAACAAAGACAGCUGUCACCGUAACCUAAAGUUGUACUGCAACGCACACACUUGUCCGCGGGACCUACAGGCGGCCCAAACGCAGAGGAGCGAGAAGGAUGGCGAAUUACCGGGCGUUUCACACCCAGCUCGCGACCAUCAUGGAGACACUGACUCGUGCGGCGGUGGCAGAAAUCUGCGAGCUUGUGGACGAUGGCUACGCCGUUUUACACAUCGAGAUCUCACGCCAUCAGAAGGAGAACGAGGAGCUCCGACGGAAACUGCAGCUUAUAGAGUCUAUAGUUGCGGCGCGGGGGUUCAGCGACGAAACGACGGUGGCGCGAGACGGUCGGUGUGACAGUAGUGCUCGCGAGUCACUAGUGGGCAGAAAAACGUCCGGAGGCGGAGAGUCCACCAGCCGGGGUGCAGUGGCAGAGGUGCGCGAGUUUCGCGAUGAAGGAGAUUUGAUCCAGAUGCAAAUCAAAGAGGAGGGUCUCGAGCAGCCGCCGCUGGGAGAUGAGGAUGAAGAUGAGGACGAAGGUGAAAGUGUCUCUGCCGUAGCUCACGACUCUCCUAAACUAGAUGUUGCUGAGCUCUCGGGACAGGACUCUCACACACUCUCACACUCCCCUGACCAUGACACACACUCUCAUACGCUCACAUUUGCAGACACACACUCUGGCGCUGACGAGUCCCAGCACUCCAGCGUCGAUUUGUCUGCUUCGGAUAACGCUUCCUUCUCCCUUGCUCAAUCCGUGUCGGAUACUCGCACUUCCCAUCUCCAUCGAGUGUUUCAGGAAGACUUGUGCGCGAAGAAUGACCUGGACCCGGUAUCCGAUUGGGCCGCACACUCUGUCCGUAAUACACUCGCACACUUGCAGACCUCACCACAGAGGAUUGGUGGGUCAGACUCUUUUGUAUCACAUAAUUCUCCCUUGUUUGCGGCACAGCGUCUCGUUGCUCUGGGUAACGUCUCAGGACUGGGUCUUUAUGGGCGGCUGGGCGCUCUACGGGGAGGCGGAGCCAGCAAGCGACACUUCAUCUGCUCAAUCUGUGGGAAGAGUUUCACCACAUCGCAGAGUUUGGACACGCACAUGCGCAUUCACACUGGAGAACGCCCGUAUCGCUGUGAGCAGUGCGGGAAGCGUUUCACACAGUCUGGACACCUUACGGCUCACCAGACUGUCCACACCGGAGAGAGACCGUACGAGUGCACCCGCUGUGGAAAACGAUUUGCAGGAAAACAGUACCUGCGCAUACACACCAAGAAACACCACCCUGACUUACACGCACUCUCUCAAAUACCGACUAACACACAGCAGGACACAUUGCCCUGAAAGAUACAUACGCUCACAACAGAGAAUGCAGGACAUCAUUUUUGUA